CUACCUCCCCGCGCCCUGCCUGGUGUGGUUUGGACCACGCAUAAAAGGCUCCCAGGCCUAGGGCUUUCUCGGUUCUGAGAUCUCUUUCCUGUCUCUCUUCGUGUCUGGACGUCCGCGUGUCCGGCUCUUGCCCACGCAGUCAUGGCCUCCGGCAACGCGCACAUCGGAAAGCCGGCCCCUGACUUCACGGCCACCGCGGUGGUGGAUGGUGCGUUCAAGGAAAUCAAGCUUUCGGACUACAGAGGGAAGUACGUGGUCCUCUUUUUCUACCCACUGGACUUCACUUUUGUUUGCCCCACGGAGAUCAUCGCUUUUAGCGACCAUGCUGAGGACUUCCGAAAGCUAGGCUGCGAGGUGCUGGGAGUGUCUGUGGACUCUCAGUUCACCCACCUGGCGUGGAUCAAUACCCCACGGAAGGAAGGAGGCUUGGGCCCCCUGAAUAUUCCUCUGCUUGCUGACGUGACUAAAAGCUUGUCCCAGAAUUAUGGCGUGUUGAAAAAUGAUGAGGGCAUCGCUUACAGGGGCCUCUUUAUCAUUGAUGCCAAGGGUACCCUCCGCCAGAUCACAGUCAAUGACCUUCCUGUGGGGCGCUCUGUGGAUGAGGCUCUCCGCCUAGUGCAGGCCUUUCAGUAUACAGAUGAGCAUGGGGAAGUCUGUCCUGCUGGCUGGAAGCCCGGCAGUGACACCAUCAAGCCCAGUGUGGAUGACAGCAAAGAAUACUUCUCCAAACACAACUGAGAUGGGUGAACAUCGGUGAGCCUGAGUCUUGGAUCUCAUCUGUGCCCCAACCUGGAUGUCCUGUGCUGGCCCAGAAAACGCUAGAUCUUCCUCCGCACUCUGAAGGGGCUGGAGGCUAGGCCGAGGCUUUCUCGUUACCCACCCGGAAUCUGGUGAAUAGUGACCCUGCCCUGAGCACACCCAGCUGUGCCCAGGUCUAUAGGAAACCAAUAAAGUAUUAGGGACAGUGAA